GUGAACUAGAAGAGCUCCGUCCCCUUUCCUUGAGGCAGACGACAGUGACCACAGGACUAGAGAAUCGCCAUUCUUGCCUCCCUGCUGUCCAUUCAACCCUAACUCCAUUUAUUUCCAGCAGGACUUUGUACUUACAUGCUCUGAUGCUGGAGUUUCUCUUGCAGCUGCCGCCUGCGGUUUCCUUGUCUUCUUUUUCAGAUGUUCAUGAGAGCACAGUUUGACUAUGAUCCCAAAAAGGACAAUCUGAUCCCUUGCAAGGAGGCGGGACUGAAGUUUGUCACUGGGGACAUCAUCCAGAUCAUCAACAAGGAUGACAGCAACUGGUGGCAGGGGCGGGUGGAAGGCUCCUGCAAGGAGUCGGCAGGACUGAUCCCUUCCCCGGAGCUGCAGGAAUGGUGAGCCGCGUCUGUACGUGGGAUCUGUGGGUUAAAGAGGCACGAGCUGCCGCACGUANUGAUGAACGUGAUCUUUUCCCUAGAAGUGCAGUAUGCUGACACCAUGAUGCGCUUUGAUCAUGUCUGGCUUCGAGACCACUGCCGCUCAGCAUCUUGCUGUGGGGAGUAUGGAUACAUGGAAAGAGUCUUAACAGGCCUAUCAACUAAUUGCUCUUUGUGGACCUUAUUUGAGUCCUGA